UUUUUUUUUUUUUUUGUUUACUUAUCAAUCAUGACCUUUUUUAGAAGAUUUAUCACAACAUCAUGUCGGCACAUGCAUACUCUAAAAAGAUUAGAGCGACCCAUCAGUGUAGCACCAAUGGUUGAUAUCACUACCCCUCAAUUCUUGGAAUUGUUACACAUCAUUUCUGGCAAGGACCGUUAUGAUUAUUACACCGAGAUGCAUCACUGUCAAGCGGUUCUUCAUCAUGCCGAUCAUUUAGAUCGCUUUGUGGGGAAACCUCGACCCAACAUUGUAGUUCAAAUAGGCGGUUCCAAUGUGCAGGACAUGGCAAGGGCCACUAAAUUGUUACAGGAUUACGGUUACAAACAUGUGAAUAUCAACAAUGGCUGCCCUAGUCCUAAUGUACAACAUGGUAGUUUUGGAGCUGUCUUAAUGAGGACCCCUGAUCUAGUAGCUGACAUGUUGUCGGCCAUGAUCCAGCACAAUGUGACAAUUCCAGUCACUGUCAAGUGUCGAACAGGUGUUGAUCAUCAAGACAAUUUCGACUUUUUGCAAGGUUAUGUUCAGACUUUAAUGAAAAGCGAUAAGCCACCCCCUCAUUUGAUUGUGCAUGCCAGAAAAUGUCUAUUAAAAGGUCUAUCACCCAAGCAAAAUCGAUCAAUACCUCCAUUGAAUUAUGAUCGGGUGUUUGAACUUUCAAGGGCAUUUCCCGAUUUGCCCAUGUCAAUCAAUGGUGGCUUUACAGAGGUGGAUGAGAUCAAGUCGGUUUUAAAAAAGGUGGAUGGUUGUAUGAUUGGUAGAAAAGUGAUGGACGACCCUGUAUUUCUUCAGUCCCUAGAUCAGGGUAUAUAUGGCGAUACGAUUAUAAAAUCGAUUGAGCAAAUCACAAGCGAAUAUUUAGACUAUGCCGAUAGACUCUACUCCAAACGCUUGGAUAAAGAUGAAUACGGAUUACCUCCUGCCACACUCAUGGUGCGACCUUUAAUGCCAUUAUUCAAAGGUCGCCAAGGUCGAAAUUUCCGUCGUAAUAUUCAAGAAAAGCUAAAGCAUGAUAAAUU